AUGUUCAACCGCGACAACCUCUUCGGCGGUCGGCAACAACAGCCGCCGCAGCAAUCACAACCACCGAUGCGACAGCCAGAUCCUCGCUACGGCCAGCAACCUCCCCCUUCUCAGUCAUACGGUCAAGAGCAGAGAGGAUCGUCGAGGAAUAUGGCGGCAGCACCACCCGCCGGCGGGCGGAGAAUGCAGCUCCGUCCAGCGAAGAGCCCAGAUAACAGCUUCACCUUUGGCAACAUAAGCGCGGUCAGCUCGCAAGACGUCCCGCCCAACCAGGACGGCACCGAUGUCUACCUCCUCAUUAACGGGCAAUGUGUCGUGUCCGCGCGCCCGAUCGGUCAGUUCCCGAGGGGACAGAUAAGUCUCAGUGACCCGCAGAGGACAUGGAUGCAGGUCGCUCUCACGGAUGUCGUGGAGGUCGAGCGCUACGACCCCUUCAGCGCGACCUCGCAGAGCUACUUGGGCAGUUUGGAUAUCGAGGUUGGCUUCGCGGGGAAGAAAAGCACAGAGACGCCAUAUGACCAGGAUGAGCUGGCGCAGGCGUUUGUACACACCUUUCGCAACCAGAUCUUCUCACCGGGCCAGCAGCUCCUCAUGGACUAUCGGAGUAUACCGUUACGAUUGACUGUGAGAACAGUCGAGCUGGUGGAUCUACGGUCUAUGCGAUCGACGGGCGAUACGAAACAACACACCAACCCCCAAGCGCGCGGGAUCCUCACGCAGGAAAGUGCAGUAAACUGGUUCAAAGACGCCAAAUCACCCAUCGCACUCAAAGGCUCUACAAGAAGACCCGCCGCGAACUCAGUCAUCAGACCAGACUUCAAGUUCGAAGACAUGGGCAUCGGCGGUCUCGACAAAGAAUUCAGCGACAUCUUCCGCCGAGCCUUCGCAUCGCGCGUCUUCCCGCCUGGUCUCGCGGAGAAAGUCGGUAUCCAGCACGUUCGCGGGAUCUUGCUCUUCGGACCUCCUGGCACGGGAAAGACGCUUAUCGCGAGACAAAUCGGCAAAAUGCUCAACGCACGGGAGCCGAAAGUCAUCAACGGGCCGGAAGUGCUGAACAAGUACGUCGGACAGUCGGAGGAGAACAUCCGGAAGCUCUUCGCGGACGCAGAGAAGGAGCAGAAGGAAAAGGGCGACGAGUCCGGCUUGCACAUCAUCAUCUUCGAUGAGCUGGACGCGGUGUGCAAACAGCGUGGUUCCGGGGCGGGAGGAGGCACUGGUGUUGGCGACAGUGUGGUCAAUCAGCUGCUUUCGAAGCUGGAUGGUGUGGAUCAGCUGAACAAUAUUUUGUUGAUCGGAAUGACGAAUCGGAAGGACAUGAUUGAUGAAGCGUUGUUGAGGCCGGGGCGGUUGGAGGUGCAUAUGGAGAUUAGUUUGCCGGAUGAGUUUGGCCGGCAGCAGAUUCUGAAGAUUCAUACGGCGAAGGCGAGGGAAAACGGGAGGUUGGCGGCGGAUGUGAGUUUGGAGGAGCUGGCUAGGGAGACGAGGAACUUCUCUGGCGCAGAGAUUCAGGGCCUGAUCAGAUCAGCUACCAGCUUUGCACUACAACGGCAUGUGAAGGGCGGUACUGUCGCGGCGCUCUCGGAUGACGUCGUUGACAUGCAGAUUCGCAUGGAAGACUUCCUGCGAGCUUUGGAGGAGGUGCACCCGCUCUUCGGUGUCAGCGAAGAAGAUCUCGAUCGCUGUGUGGAGGGUGGUAUCUUCCACUUCAGCUCGCACAUCGAGAGGAUACUUAAGAACGGUCACGACUUCAUCGAGCAGGUUCGAUCCGGCGAUACACCGCUUCUUUCGGUCCUACUGCAUGGUCCAACAGGCUCUGGGAAGACUGCUCUCGCGGCGCGGAUCGCUAUGGACUCGGAGUUCCCCUUCAUCCGACUCGUGCGCCCGGUUGACAUGGUCGGCAUGAACGAGAUCCAGAAGAUCCAGCAUCUCCAAAAAGCCUUCACAGACGCCUACAAGUCCCCUCUCAACGUCCUCGUGCUGGACAACAUCGAACUCAUCGUCGACUGGGUCCCCGUCGGCCCCCGAUUCAGCUCCGCCGUCCUCGCCGCAAUCAAAGGCCUUAUGACCAACAAACCACCCAAAGGCCGUCCCUUGCUCAUCCUAGCAACGACAUCCGAACGGACAGUCAUGAACCAGCUCCAGCUAGUCUUCAAAGCUCAAAUCGCGGUGCCUAAUGUACGCACACAACAAGAGCUCGCGCAUAUCAUGCAGGAAUCUGGUGCUUUUGAUCAGGAGGGCAUAUCGAGGGCUAUUGGGGAUAUUGAAAACACGCUUGAGAGCCGGGAGAUUGGGGUGGGAGUGGCGCAGGUGCUGUUGAGUAUACAGACUGCUAUGCAGGAUCAGGAUCGGGCUGGACGGUUUGCUGAGGUCAUGUGCGAGGCCGUCGCGAAUGCCCAGUCUGUGUAA